ACUCCAUUAACUUGUUGAGCCCAAAAAUAUACCUCUUUGUAGCCUCUCUGUUCCCAAAUUUUGCCAUGUCUCUGCAAUUUCCUCCAUUAUCAUCAGGGUUUAAGAGCUUCACCAUCACCAUGAACACCUUAAACCUUCUUCCUCUUUCUGCAAAAUCAAACAAUUUUCAGUACCAAUUCAUUCCUUCAGUGUUAACUCAGAAACCCCUCAAUACUCUUUCCAUCAAAUCCCCAUUUCCAUUAUCCAUUAAACUCUCUAAAACGUCUAACUCUGAGCCCCUCAAAUCUUUAAUUCCACUCUCUUUUCUCAAACCCACAUUGAUUUCCACCAUUACUGCCACUGCCCUUUUCUUUACAGGGUUUUAUUUCAACCCUAAGCAAGCUAUAUGUUGUCCUGUUUCGCCGGUGCCAAUCGUGGAUACGAAUGUGAAAGAAGAAGUAUUAGAACAGGAGGAAACUGAAAAUGUUGAAAUAUUGAGAAAUUUGUUGGAAAAUCGUGUUAAGAAUAGAGAAUUAGACGAUGCUCUCAGCAUUAUAAACAAGUUGAUUGAGCUGGAGCCUGAUGAGAUCGAAUGGCAUUUCUUGAAAUCUCACUUGUAUGUUCAUAAUGGGGAGAUUCAAUUAGCUAAAUUGGGUUUUAGAGAUGUUAUAUUGAAGGAUCCUUAUUACGUAGAGGCGUAUCGCGGGCUGGUUGUGGCAGCAUCGGAAGAUGAGUCCGUGGAGGAAAUGAAGAAAAUUGAGAAACAGGUUGAGGAUGGGAUUAACAUGUGUAAGAAGGAGGAUAAAGAGAGUGAGUUGAGGGAUUUGAAGCUUAUUCUUGCACAAAUAUGGGUUAUUGGAGGUAAAUAUGAUGAAGCAUUGAAGGUUUAUCAAGAGUUAGUAGAUGAAGAGCCAGGGGAUUUUAGGCCUUACUUGUGUCAAGGCAUGAUAUAUACAGCAUUGAAGAAGAACGACGAGGCUGAGAAGUAUUUCGACAAGUAUCGAGGACUGAUACCUCAAGAUCAUACUAAUGCUAGAUUCGUUUAUGAUGGCGACUUGAUUGCAACAAAGGUUUUUUUUUUACAUGAGACGGAGGAUGUGAUCAUCGGUUUUCCAUGGAAGCUGAGAGUCUAUGAUUGAGGUAAGUCGAGUUGCUUUGUAUUACUGUAGAUUGAUUGUAUCGUGCUUAUUUGAUGCUUUUAGGUAUAUUUUUCGCUCGGGGUUGAGAAUGUAGAGGCUUUUACAUAGAAUUGUAGCACUUAGGUUUAAAUUCGGAUGCCAAGAUGAGUUUUUUAUGUAACUUUGAUGGAGCUCGAAGCUAUUUAACUUCAGAUCAGAUGGUAUUUUGAAUGACAUCCCUCUUUUCCUUUCCCAGCA